AUGUUCACGAUAUUUGCCGCCGGGUUAUUAGCUUUGGUAGCUGCCAGGGAUGAUGGGAUUGAGAUCCCCUCCAACGUUGCCAUUCGUGCAAUCGGUGUUCGUGGGCAGUUCAUGUGCGGAACCAAGCCAUUGGACGGAGCUCGAGUCCGCCUCUACCGAGUCGCCCAGUUCGGCAAAGACAACCUCCACGAAAUCUUGGACGAGAAGUUCUCCCUAGCUGACGGCAAGUUCAAGGUGGAGGGCAGCACCAAGGGAUACCCGCGCAACGAGACCGAGCUGUACCCCUGGAUCUCUGUUCACCAUCAGUGCGAGCAAGAUAUGAAGAGCUUGAAGCAAGGCUACCGCCGCUUCAACAUGCGCAUCCCGGACAGCUACGUGCACUACGGCGAGCGCUCCCACAACGCCUACGAUUUUGGGACCCUGAACUUGGAGCCUGGUACUCAUGGCGAAUACAUCGAUAAGCACUACAUCCCCAACCCGAAUGCCAAGCCGUACGGAGACAAGAAGCCGGCUCCGGGGCAACAGGGAAAUGCAGGAUAUAACCCCUAUAAUAAU